AUGGAGCUUCAGAAGCGUCCAGAUCAUAACCUACCGGAGAAGAAAGGCCAGAAAAGGAAACUGGAGGAGGAAUCUCAACAAGACUCUCAGAUCUCUCUUCCUCCCACCGGAGACGCACGCGACGCACUUGUUUCCGACGUCAACCAACACGUUUCAAUUCUCCUUUCCACUUUUUCAUGGAACGAAUCCGAUAGAGCUUCUGCUAAGCGCGCCACUCACGCCCUCGCCGAUCUUGCCAAAAACGAGGAAGUUGUGAAUGUGAUUGUUGAAGGAGGCGCCGUUCCGGCUUUGAUUAAGCAUCUUCAACCGCCUCCUUUGCCUGAACACGGCGGUCCGAAGCCGUUUGAGCACGAGGUCGAGAAAGGGAGCGCAUUUGCACUUGGACUUCUUGCAGUCAGGCCAGAACAUCAACAACUCAUUGUUGACAACGGUGCUUUGAAGCAUCUUGUUGAUCUUUUGAAGAGGCAUAACAAUGGUUUAACAUCACGUGCCAUUAAUAGUCUCAUUCGGAGGGCUGCAGAUGCGAUCACUAACCUUGCUCAUGAGAACAGCAGUAUUAAAACCCGUGUUAGGACGGAAGGUGGGAUUCCACCAUUAGUUCAUUUGCUUGAAUUUGCGGAUACAAAAGUGCAAAGAGCAGCUGCUGGUGCAUUACGAACCCUCGCUUUUAAAAAUGAUGAAAAUAAGAAUCAGAUUGUUGAAUGCAAUUCACUUCCAACUCUGAUUCUGAUGCUUCGGUCAGAAGAUGCUGCUAUUCAUUAUGAAGCGGUUGGUGUGAUCGGAAAUCUGGUUCACUCCUCCCCCAAUAUAAAGAAAGAAGUUAUUCUUGCUGGAGCCUUACAACCUGUUAUUGGAUUACUUAGCUCUUGUUGCUCUGAAAGCCAGAGGGAAGCAGCAUUGUUACUUGGACAGUUUGCAGCAACUGAUUCAGACUGUAAGGUUCACAUUGUACAGAGAGGUGCUGUCCGACCUCUGAUUGAGAUGCUUCAGUCUCCUGAUGUUCAACUCAGAGAAAUGUCUGCUUUUGCAUUGGGGAGAUUGGCACAGGACACACAUAACCAAGCUGGUAUUGCACAUACUGGUGGCUUAGUGCCAUUACUGAAGCUUCUUGACUCAAAAAAUGGGUCUUUGCAGCAUAAUGCUGCUUUUGCUCUUUAUGGCCUUGCAGAGAACGAGGAUAAUGUGCCCGACUUUAUUAGGGUAGGUGGAAUUAAGAAACUCCAGGAUGGAGAGUUCAUUAUUCAAGCAACUAAGGAUUGUGUUUCUAAGACAUUGAAAAGACUAGAAGAGAAGAUUCACGGUCGUGUGCUGAACCAUUUAUUAUAUCUUAUACGGGUUUCAGAAAAGGCAUUCCAAAGACGAGUUGCUUUGGCUCUUGCCCAUCUUUGUUCUGCAGGCGACCAGAGAAAAAUAUUUAUUGACCACAAUGGACUGGAGUUGCUUAUUGGGCUUCUUGGCUCAUCAUGCCCUAAGCAGCAACUUGAUGGUGCCGUGGCUUUAUGCAAGUUGGCCAACAAAGCUAUGGCUCUGUCUCCUAUUGAUGCUGCUCCUCCAUCCCCAACACCUCAGGUCUAUUUGGGAGAGCAGUUUGUAAACAAUGCUACCUUAUCAGAUGUUACAUUUUUAGUUGAAGGUAAACGGUUUUAUGCCCACAGAAUCUGUUUACUUGCUUCUUCAGAUGCAUUUCGUGCAAUGUUUGAUGGUGGUUAUAGGGAGAAGGAUGCAAGGGACAUUGAGAUACCAAAUAUUAGAUGGGAGGUCUUUGAGCUGAUGAUGAGAUUUAUAUAUACUGGAUCAGUUGAUCUCACUGUUGAAAUUGCUCAAGAUCUCCUCCGAGCAGCUGAUCAAUAUCUUUUGGAAGGGCUUAAAAGACUAUGUGAAUACACAAUCGCACAGGAUGUAUCACUGGAGAGUGUGUCAAAUAUGUAUGAACUUUCGGAAGCCUUCAAUGCUAUAUCAUUGAGACACACAUGCAUCCUUUUUAUCUUGGAGCACUUCGAUAAAUUAAGUGCAACGCCAGGACACACUGAUUUGAUUCAGCGUACAAUACCAGAGAUCCGCAAUUACUUUGUUAAAGCUCUUACGAAGGGGAACUCCAACAUCCAGGCAUAG